GAUUUAGCUAUCAGAACAGUUUCCUGUUUGGAUGAAAAUCUACUUUUAUCAAGUUGACAUUGAACACAGUCAGCAUUAAAACAUGGUUUCUCUGUCUUUAAACUCGUUAAAAACAAUUAUGCGGGCGAUGGUGGACAGUCCGGGGUUUGAUCGAGUUUUAAGUAAGGUGGACAUUGUAACAGCCAGCCCAGGGAAAGUGGUGUGUGAGUUUAAAGUGGAAGAGGAACACACAAACCGAGGGGGCACCCUUCACGGGGGUCUGACAGCAACACUGGUCGAUGUCAUCUCCACCACUGCCAUCAUGUACACAGAACGGGGAGCACCCGGUGUCAGCGUGGACAUGAACAUCACGUACAUGAAUGCUGCCAAGAUGGGCGAGGACGUGCUGAUCACAGCCACAGUGUUGAAGCAAGGACGGACCCUGGCAUUCGCUACUGUAGACCUCACUAGCAAAGCCUCUGGGAAACUCAUCGCACAAGGAAGACACACAAAGCACCUUGGGAGCUAGAUCAGUUGCUCGGUCUAGGGUGAUGUCACCCCUAUACACUGGUCUUGGGUCAGUUUAGCACCCCCCCACCACUAAUGGUUAAGAUGGGGGAGGGGGGCUAAUCCUAGAUCUGUACCUCCCUCCGUCAGCAAAUUGUGAAUGAUUUAUUUUUACCUUUAUUUAACUAGGCAAGUCAGUUAAGAACAAAUUCUUAAUUUUCAAUGACGGCCUAGGAACAGUGGGUUAACUGCCUGUUCAGGGGCAGAACGACAGAUUUGUAGCUUGUCAGCUCGGGGGUUUGAACUUGAAACCUUCCGGUUACUAGUCCAACGCUCUAACCACUAGGCUACACUGCCGCCCCAAACUGCUGCUGUGAUGCUGUCCAGCAGAAAGUCUGUGGGGUGAAGAAACGUGACUAUUGUGAAACUGUGUCAGUGAAUUGUUCUUUACCCCACAACAGACUUGUUAAAUAUUAUUUUUUUGCAUGUCAUUCUGCUGUAAAUAUACACAGUGUUUACACACAAAUAAAACACACCAGGAAAUA